UCUCUCUCUUUCUCUCUUUCAUACACUCAUACCUUCACAGACAUACACCCAACAGGAAAUAAAACCAGAGUAAAUGUAAAUGAGGGGGGUUUAAGUGGGGAGUGAAGAAGGAAGGUGAGAGAGAGUGUGGUGUGGUGUUUGUUCGCCUCAGCCGGAACAGCAGUCAGUGGAGGGAGUUUGCGUCUGUGUGUGUGUUUGUGCCAUGCCCCAGGAGUAAUGGACUCCCAGAACCGGGCUGCACUGGACAUCUCCACCCGGAACCCCCAGGAGGACUUUGAGAUUCUGCUCCGGGUCGGUGGAGGCACCUAUGGCGAAGUUUACAAGGCUCGGAACAAGCAGAACGGGGAGCUGGCGGCCAUCAAGGUCAUCAAGAUGGAGCCAGAGGAGGACUUCUCAGUAAUCCAGCAGGAGAUCGUCAUAGUGAAAAGCUGCAAGCACCGCAACAUUGUGGCCUACUAUGGCAGCUAUAUACGGGCCAACACGCUGUCGAUCUGCAUGGAGUUCUGUGGAGGAGGCUCUCUCCAGGAUGUCUACCAUGUGACCGGACCUCUCUCUGAGCUUCAGAUUGCAUUUGUCUGCAGGGAGAUGUUGCAGGGUCUGGAUUACUUACAUGGCCAGAAGAAGAUUCACAGAGACAUAAAGGGUGCCAACAUCCUCCUGAACGACCUUGGAGAGGUGAAGCUAGCGGACUUUGGGAUUUCGGCACAGAUCACGGCUACUCUGGCACGGCGGAUGUCCUUCAUCGGGACUCCUUACUGGAUGGCGCCAGAGGUGGCUGCCGUGGCGAUAAAGGGGGGUUACAACGAGCUGUGUGACGUGUGGUCUGUAGGAAUCACUGCUAUCGAGCUGGCUGAGCUGCAGCCCCCAUUGUUCGAUGUGCACCCACUAAGGGUGCUGUUCCUCAUGUCCAAAAGUGGCUACCAACCUCCUAAACUAAAGGAAAAGGCCAAAUGGUCCUCGAUUUUCUAUAACUUUGUCAAGGCAAUGCUGAUCAGGAACACUAAGAAGAGACCCAGUGCCUCAAAGAUGCUGACACACCUGUUUCUGACCCAGCCGUGUCUGAGACAGGAUCUGAUCUUGGAUCUGCUGGAGAAGCUGCGUCACCCUGAGAAACUGAAGCCCUCGCUGCCAUCUGAGGAGGAAGAUGUGGAGGUUGUGGUACCCGGCUCCCUGAGAAGGAUCUACUCCAUUAACAGACACAACCAGGCAGAGAGAACCAACUCUGACAUCAGCUUGGAGCAGCUCUACACCAGGAGGCCAGUAAAGACAGCCUCACCAGAAGCAAUGGUACGGUCUACAGUGCAGUGGCACACACUGGGAUCCACUGGCAGCGACAAGAGCCUAAUUAGAGACCAAUGCAUGGACUCAGAUGAUGACUAUGAUGACGUGGACAUUCCGACCGUCUGCACCAGAAGUGUAACAAUCCCACGAGAUGACAUCCCACCCCCACUCCCUCCUAAGCCCAAAGUUUGUCACAGUUCAGAGGAGAUUGUAACAGGAGAGGACGAACGUGGCCAGACACUUCACUCCCUCUACGUCCCCUCGCCCCUCCUCCGGACCUCUAGUGCCACCCACACACGCCCCGUCCCCCGUCCGCGCUCCCAGCGAAACGUCAACUCCGACCCUGUUUCCUUCCCAUUACACAUAACAGACAGACCAGCGGACCUCCAACCACCUGAGUUGCCCCCCAAGAAAGACAGGAGAAGGAGACAGCCCCCCCAGGAUCCAGUUGAAUGUGCCAGCCCUGUGCUGAAGAAACCUCCAGUGUACUUUAAGAAAGUAUUCCAUGGCUGUCCGUUGAAAGUGAAUUGUUCAACGUCGUGGGACCAUCCGACAACUAAAGACCACCACCUGAUCCUGGGAGCAGACGAGGGGAUCUACACCCUCAACCUGAACAGCUCAGAGGCCACCAUGGAGCUGCUCUAUCCAGGAAAGUGCAGCUGGGUUUACACCAUUAGUAAUGUCCUCAUGUCAAUAUCAGGUAAGUCAUCCCAGCUCCAUUCUCACUUACUGAAGGAGCUGUGUGAGCAGGCCCGAAAGGAGCAGCGAAUGGUGGCCUUGCCAACCCACAGACUAUUGCCUAGGAAGUUUUCUGUGUCAUGUAAGAUACCGGACACCAAAGGCUGCAAGACCUGCUCAGUGGCCAGUAAUGUGCAGCAGGGCUGUGUGUUCCUGUGCUGUGCCCUGGAGACCAGUGUGGUGCUCCUGCAGUGGUACGAGCCCAUGCAUAAGUUCAUGCUCAUCAAACACUUUGACUUCCCCCUGCCCAGUCCCCUGCGUGUGUUUGAGAUGAUGGUGGCACCGCAGCAGGAGUACCCUCUAGUGUGUAUUGGGGUACACAGGGGUCCCAGUCCUGAGCAGCCCAUUAAACUGGACAACAUGAACCUCAACUCCAACACCUCUUGGUUCACCAACACUGGCUUAGAGAGCCGGUGUCCUGACACAGUGCAGGUGAACCAGCUGGACUGUAACACUCUGCUGGUGCUCAUUGAGAAUUCAGUACAUAUUGUGGACCUGGAGGGGGUGCAGAGGAGCCACCGGAUAAUUCAAGCUGAGACUACUUUCACUUUUGAUGUGGAAGCUGUAGUGUAUUUUGAGAACACUCUGCUGGCUGUGUGGCGUCAUGGCUGGCAGAGGAGAGGAGAGGGCCCAUACGUACUGCAGGAGAUCACAGACCCCAAGAAGACUUUCCGUCUAGUGGGAUCAGACCGGAUAGUUGUCAUGGAGACAAGGCAGAGUGAGGACAAUUCGGGGCUCUGUAACCUGUACAUCCUGGAGAUUGCGGAGAACUAUGUCCCAGUACCUUGAGAACUCUAGCACAUGGGACCAAUCUCAAGGUAGCUAGCACCACUGUGAACACUCCAAGCAGCAGCCAUAGCACUGUGUCCAUGCCCAAAAACACUGCUGUGCUGCUGGUUUAAAGGAGCACAGACAGAAUUCAUCCCUCACAAUCUAGGAGCAGAUGGAGUGCUUCCACUGCCAGCCCACACAGGCAGUGUGCCCAGACACACAUGUGCAUUCAUUCUUCCACAAAUACCUAUUUAUCCUGUAACAGUACUACAGUACUUGACCUCUGCUGCAACCUGGUCUCAGAGCAUUUCGUAUUAUUCUGAAUGUGAAUCAGAUUAUUCUGUAUGUGAAUCAGAGACACUCCGUUUGGUAUGAUAUGUUAUGUUUCGUACGGUAUGUAUUAAUUUAUGGAUUUCCAUCACCCAUUUCAUAUGUUACGAAUUACAAUUCAUAUUAUAUGUUAUGAAUUUCCAAAUGUAUAAUGUGUUACGAAUUUGCGAAAAUUUACAAUAUGUAGCGCAUUUGCAAAAUGUAUGAUAUGUUACGAAUUCUAACUAGGUGGCGAACAUUAGCUAGCUUGCUAACGUUAGCUAGGCUAGGGGUUAAGGUUAGGGUUAUGGGAAGGGUUAGCUAACGUGCUAAAUGGUUGCAAAGUAGCUCAAAAGUAGUAAAUUGUUGAAAAGUUGCUAAUUAGCUAAAAUGUCAAAGUUGUCUGAGAUGAUAUUUGAAAUCGCAACCUUUGUAUUGAUAGAUGUUCAGGUUAUAAGCCUACCCAUCCACCCCACUUUCGCUUUUGCCUUAUGUAACAAUCUGUUUUAUGUAACCAUACCAAACUUAACAUGGCAUACUAAUUUGAGUGUCCCGGAAUUAAGUUUACUAUAUUACGUCAACUCUGAGACCAAACCGUCCUUUUUCAUCGUCAGGCUCACAGACACAAAUGGGCUCACAGACACACUUCCCAUCACAAUCUAUCCAAAUAAAUGGGGAACAUUACCCAAUAAAGA